CAAAGCAUCCCGGGAUUGAGGCGGACUGAGAUUGCGCCGGGCAGUUGAUUGGGGGGGAGGGAAGCUAGACGCCGAGAUGGACGUGUUCCUGAUGAUCCGGCGCCACAAGACCACGAUCUUCACAGACGCGAAGGAGUCGAGCACAGUGUUCGAGCUGAAGCGCAUCGUGGAAGGCAUCCUCAAGAGGCCCCCGGAUGAGCAGCGGCUCUACAAGGAUGACCAGCUGCUGGAUGACAGUAAGACCCUGGGCGAGUGUGGCUUCACAAGUCAGACAGCCAGGCCUCAAGCACCAGCCACUGUGGGGCUGGCCUUUCGAGCCGAUGAUGUAUUUGAAACCUUGCGCAUCGAGUCUUUCUCCAGCCCUCCAGAACUGCCAGAUGUCAUGAAGCCUCAAGACUCUGGAAGUGGCACCAAUGAGCAAGCUGUGCAGUGAGGGCCUAAGGCCCCACACCCCCUAUAGUGACCUAAUACAAUAAAAAAUUUUGGUGUUAGGCUGUUGCCUCCA